AUGGUUAGGAAGGCAAAGGUGGCGGCGACAGCCGGGAAGGACGACAUGGUGGAGACGGCCCUCGCCGCUGCGGCGGCCGCGCUGGUCGUCUCGGCUCUGAACACGCUCCUGCAAUGCGCCAUCCCCGGGCGGUGCCGGACCCGUUCCCUACUGGGCCCAUCUCCUCUCCUCUUCCUGCUUCUCCAGCUCGUUGUCGCCUCCAUCGUCUACUUCUCCACCCGCCCGCCGCCCCGCAAACGUCCCGGGGAAGAAGACAACGUGCCUCCCGGAGAAAUGAAGUCCGCGGGAUCGCCAGCCCUGCUGGACAGGAAGAAACGCCUGCGGCCCGCCGGCGAGGAGGAGGGGGAAGAGGAGGAGGAGGAGGAGGAGGAGGAGGAGGAGAGUGAUGGAGGGUGCGGCGUGGAGGAGCUGAACGCGAGGGCGGAGGCGUUCAUCUCGGCGUUCAGGCAGCAUCUCCAGCUCGACUCCGCCUCCUCCGAUCAUCCCAACUGUAGAAGACGAUCAGCCUCAUGCAAUCUGAUGACCACAGCUGUAUGA